CCUUCCUUUUCCUUUCUUUCUUUCUUUCCCUUCCUCUUUCAUUCUUCAAACCGGGGCUUUGCGUUUCUUCCCAUAAAUAACUGAUUAAAAAGAUUCAAAAGGAAAGAAAGACAAAGCAAGAGCAUCUUCUCUUUUGGAGCGGAGCAGACUCCCCAUCGCAGCCGGAACCAGCAGGAGAAGGGCUCUCAACUCUUCCCCAGCCCCGAGGAUGAGCCGGCAGCAGUUUUCCUAUAAAAAUCCGCCCCCGGGUUUGUGACACACCGGGAGGAGGGAAGCCUCGCCGGAGACAUCCCUGCUUUGGGCCACCGCCGACCCUCCCCGGGCCGAGGAGGUGUAGGGCGGGCGGUGGAGAGGGGAGGGGGGGGAAACCGAGAGACACCCCCGGCCUCCCGGGCGAGCUGUGGCCGUGGGACCACCAUCCCGCCUCCCCCGCAAACUUUCCUGCCCUGUCCGCACCCCCCCACCGCCGCCGAGGAGGAGGAGGAAGAAGAGAAGGAAGAAGAGGAGGCAAAGUGUGGCCCCCGGGGGAGGCCGAAGGAUCCCUCCUCAUGGCCUCUCCGGUGGCGAGCGCCUCCCCCUCCGAGGAGAUGCGGGUUCUGCCCUGAAAAAGGGGCCCCUCGCCGAGCAUUCCCGGCGGGAUGUGGCCAGCCGGCCCGGGGGGUAGGUUGCCCUGCCCGCGGGAUGCGGCGCUGCGGAGGGCGGCUUUCUCCGGGAACCUCUCGGCUCUGCCUUCCCACCUGGGACCCAGCGGCCGCAGCGUCCGAGUCUUCAUCAGCGCCAACCCCGAAGAUACAAUAGCAGAAAGGAGCGCCCUGAGAGAGCACGUGUACCCUAAGCUGAGAGAAUUCUGCAGGGAAAAUUAUGGGCUGGAAUUUCAGGUCAUAGACUUAUACUGGGGAGUGGAAGCGGAUGAAUGGGACAGUCCUGAGCUGCAAAAGACUCGUAUGAAGCUGUUGGAAGAUUGCUUGAAAAGUUCUGCAGGUCCAUGUUUUGUUGGCCUGUUGGGAGAGAAGUACGGGAACAUCCGAAUUCCGGGGGAAGUUGAGUCAGCAGAAUUUGAAAUGAUCCUGGACGCGGCGGUGGAGGCCAAGCUGGAGACGAGGAUUUUGGAAGAGUGGUACUGCAGGGAUGAGAACGCGGUGCCACCAGCAUAUUACCUCAGACCCAAAUCAGAAAUGCUGAAGAACUACCAGAAUACGAUGGAAUCUUCUUCAAACCCUAUGAGUGAGAACAAAUGGCAAGAUAUAUCAGAAGAGAUUAAGAAGAUUUUUAAGACUGCUGUGAAACUGCUGUACGAGAAAGGAAAAAUGAAACACAGCCAAGCAAAAAGAUACCUUUCCUCUGCCAUUGAAGACGAACUCGAUUUUGCCUUGGGUAAACAAACCCCAGCUUUCCUAAAGAAGUGCGUUUGCUACAUUCGGAAAAUUGCCAACAUUGAGCGUUUUGUUAAAAUCCCAGAGAUGGGAAAAUACAUGGACGUGGUCCAUACAGCUGGGAAGUUUCUACGAGACCCCGAAGCGCACGAGAAACUGCUCAAGCUCAGGGAUGAAUUCAUUCCUACCAUCGUGGCGUCCUCCAACCUGAGGGUCUACACCUCGGUCACCCACUGCGACAUGAAACUGGGCUACUCCCAAGAAGUGGAGAACCAUUACAUCGAAGGGCUUGGCAAACAGUUCUACGAAGACAUGAUCGACAUCAUCCAAGCCACCGUCCAGCAGAAUUUUGACACCGAGACGGACCUUCUGUACGACGAAGUCCUCCAACACUCGUCGCUGUGUAAAACGUACUCCGCUUUUUACGAAUAUAGAUGUGAGGCAUUAAACAUCGUUCACAAGUACAUUCUGCCCAGCAAAAUAGGGCACAUUAACCCUCUCAUCAUAUAUGGAGGACCAUGCACAGGGAAGACUCUUUUAUUAGCCGAAGUGGCGAAGAAGGCCUAUUCCUGGCUGCAAGAAGAGAUGGGACCAGAUUCUGACCCUGUGGUAGUGAUAAGAUUUUUGGGAUCCACCGAAACCAGUACCGAUCUGAAGAACAUACUUCAAAGCAUCUGUGAACAAUUAGCAGUCAACUAUCAUUGCCUGGUACAAAGUUACCCCAAAAAGAUUCACGACCUCCGGGACUUGUUCAUCAACCUCUUGAAUGAGUCUUCAUUCCACAGGCCACUGGUGAUAAUAUUUGAUGCCCUAGAACAGCUCACAGAUAGCGACGAUGGCAGGAAGCUCUGGUGGCUUCCCGUUCACCUUCCCCGUUCCGUACGGAUCAUCCUGUCAACACUGCCAAACAAGCACGGGAUCCUGCAAAAACUGAGGUGCCUUAUCCACGAAGAAGACAACUACAUUGAAUUGACUGCAAGGGACAGAAAGAUGUGUAGCCAAGUACUGAAACAUCAGCUGCUGCGAGUGAAAAGAAAAGUAACGUCAGGGCAACAGAUCUACGUCAACGAAGCCUUCUCCAAGUGCACGCUGCCCAUGUUUGUGAACCUGACCUUCAGAGAGGUCAGGAACUGGAGAUCUCACAAAGACGUGGACGAGUCCUCCCUCUGUGUCACCGUCCAUGAAAGCAUAGAGCAGUUGUUUUGGUCCCUGGAAAACAAGUGUGGGUCAAGACUCUUGUCAAGAGCACUUGGCUACAUCACCAUGUCCAAAUCCGGCCUGAGCGAAAUGGAACUGGAAGAUAUUUUAGCCCUUGACAACAGUGUGAUGUACGAACUGGGUGAGAGCAUCAGAGAGAGCAACCCACUGAGAAUUCCAUACAUCUACAUUGCGAGGCUGAAGGAGGGCUUACAGGGCUACUUGAUAGAGCGACAGGUAAAAAACGUAACGCUGCUUCUUUGGGCAAACAGGCACUUGCAACUCAUUGCCCAGAAACUGUACCUGCACAACGAAGAAGAUCUACUUGAAAUGCACACGGUCAUGGCAGAGUAUUUCCUUGGCGUUUGGUCAGGCGGACGAAGAAAACCUUUCUACAGCAACGACCAGUAUCUGAACGGUUGUCCCGACCACGAGGGCAGAGGUCUGAACGAGGAGGACAAGCACUGCAUGGAUCAGACUGCUUUCGACAGGCAGGCACCUGACCAGCCCUGGGUCUUCCAGUGUAACCCGUUAGAGCCUGAUAUCUUUUUUAUCAACCACAGGAAAAUGACGGAGCUUAUCCAUCAUUUGACGAGAUGCGGAAGAACGGACGAUCUGCUCUACGGGGUCAUUAUGAACUUCAGCUGGCUCUACACCAUGAUCAGGAUAGGGCAGUUUGACAAAGCUCUUGCAGACAUCGAACUGGCUUACACCUACUCGCAAGAAAAAGAGCUGAAAUUUCUAGCCAGUACCCUCCGCAGCAUAAAAUUCAAAGUUGUAAAAUACCCGGGUUCUCUCUCGGCUGAACUGCAGCAGAGGCUUCUCCCGGUAGUGAGCUCCUUGCCCAAACUGCGACACCUCCUCUUGGAAUGCGACAAGGACGGCCCCAAAUACUGCUCUAUUGUCCCUUUGCACUCCUCCAUGGACGUGACCUACAGCCCCGAGCGCCUGCCCCUCUCAUCCAGCUGCCUGCACGUCACCGAAAUCUUACCUACUUUUAAUCCCAGCACCAUUAUUGCUGCUUUGGAAAACGGCUCCAUCAGCACUUGGGACGUAGAGACGCGCCAGUUGCAGAGGCAGAUCACAACAGCUCCCUCCGUUAUCCUGGGCAUGAAGCUCACCACCGACGAGAAGUACCUCGUAGUGGCUACAACAAACAACACCCUUUUGAUAUACGAUAACGUCAAUUCCUGUCUUCUCUCCGAGGUGGAAAUUAAAGGGUCAAAACAUUGCGGGACCGGGGGGGCGUCCAGUUUUAUAAAUGGAUUUACGCUCUCGGUCAACCACGCGCUUGCGUGGCUGGAGGCCAGCAAAGAUGUCACCGUGAUCGAUCUGCUUUACGGUUGGCCCCUCUAUCACUUCCACUGCUGGUACGAAGUCACCUGCGUGCAAUGUUCUCCAGACGGGGUUUACGCCUUCUGCGGCCAGUAUUUGAACACCGCCACCAUCUUCCACUUGGGCAGCGGGGAGAAGCUGGCCACCGUCACCUCCGAGUUCUCCAGCGGGUUCGUGAAAUUCCUCCUGGUUCUGGACACGGCCCAAGAAAUGGUGAUGGUGGACAACGAGGGCAGCCUCUCCGUUUGGAAUACGGAGGAAAUCGCCAAUCCCCAGCUCACGGAUGACUUUGACUGCAGGAGAGAGGACAGCGAAGUCGUCAGCGUAGAGCUUUCUGAAGACCAAAGUGCAAUUUUAAUUUGUAAGGCUCUCAGCAUUGAGCUUCUCGACACUCGUGUGUGGAAGGUGGCUGAAAAGUUUAGAGCUAAACACAACGAGCGCUUUAUCUCUGCCGUGUUGUCCAAAAAUGGCAACUGCAUAAUUGCUUCAAUGGAAAAUACCUCAGCCAUUUUUGUUUGGAGAAGAGAUACGGGACAGUGCAUGGCAAGCUUACAGGAAAUCUCAGGAACUAUAGUCAGGCUAAUUAAAUCAAAUCAUCACAACAUGCUGCUAUCCUUAUCCACCAGUGGUGUCCUUUCUAUUUGGGAUAUAGACAUCAUAACUGCUAUGUCCAAUAUUGACAAAUCUGGGAAGCCUAUCCAAAGACUGGUGUUGCCGGGCAGGGGUGAAUUGAUCUACACCUUGGACGGAUCCGAUUCUGUCCACAAGUGGAACUUCAGCACCGGCUUCAUCGAAGCCGUGUUCAAGCACGAAGGUAUCGUGGAAAACUGCGUGUUGACCUCUUCUGGGGAGAUCAUGGUUACGUCGGAUGAUAAAUGCAGCCAGUACGUAUGGCACACCGUCAGCGGCGAAAACAUCUUCCGCAUCAACGGGCAACGAAUCUCCGAGUUGAUGAUCACACACAACGACCAAUUCGUCGUGUCCCUCUGCGAGCAAAACGCCUCCAGGGUUUGGCGACUGGCGACGGGCCACCGGGUUUGCAAUAUAUUAGUUGCCUUACAGAACGCGUUCAUAACCACGGCCAACACCUUCGUGGUGGGAAUGGCCAAGAACAAGGUGUUGGCGGUGAGCCUCUGGACGGGCAGCAUCACCAAGAAGUUCUGCUGCGACGACGGCGUGAGCAUCGUGGAUAUUAAACUGAUACCAGACUGCCCAGAUAUUAUAGUAUUUAUAACAUCUACCGAAACGGUGAACAUCUGGAGCUUGACAGAGGAGGUCAUCUGCCGACGCGUACAGUUGCCCACCAAUUUCUUAAAAAGUUUGGAAGAUUUCGAGAUAUCCCCCAACGGGAAGCUGGGAAUUAUAACCCGGGGGGAUGAAAACAUCAACGUGUUGGAUUUAUAUAGUGGGAAACUCCGCGUGGUUCAUGCUCCAGGUGUCAUCUGGAGGCAGAGGCUGUCUCGGGACGGCCGCUAUCUCGUCUACAUCUGUUUCCGCGGCGAAGAAGACGACGACAACGGGGCGGUCUCCAGUUUAAUAGUGAUGAGGUUGGCGGAUGGCAAAAACAUCGGUGCCUGUUCUCUUUAUAAAACACCCACUGUCCUCGAGCUCUCGCAGAGACAUCUAAAUAUCAUUAUCGGAUUUGAUGAUGGAAGUAUAGGGACUUACACCGUAGUGGAUCGAGUCGAUGCCGCCCUGAAAAUCAAAAUUGCCACUUCAAACAGCCGCCAGAUCUUCAACAACGCAACGCAAGUGAUCAGGCCCAAGUGUCACAAUUACAGCUUCAAAGCCACCGCAGACUGCAUCUGGAGGGAGUCCACCGAAGUAUUUGCCAGGGACAGCCCCAUCACGGUGACGGAGCCCGAGGUGAGUGAAGCCACCCCAACCAAAAAACACAACUAUUGCUACGAGAAAGUGUGCUCGGCCAUAGAUUGCAGGGGCCACGGGUUCGCCGCCGACAACUAAGUAGCCACCUGGACUAGCUGAUCUGAAAAAUAGUACACAGGCGUAGAUUUGUCUUCUGAAUUCCCCUAAAAAAUCAGUACAUUUCUUGGGAGACAGACAGAAACAGCAGAGGGCAGAGCGGCCAGGUUUUUUUCCUCAACAAAUAUUCUUACAUUUAGGUAAAAACAAAAAAACGACAACAACAACAACAACAAAAAAAAAGCAAACAUAAAGCAAAUGGGCUGCAGGGUUUUUUUUAAAUUUUGGAAUACAAGGUUCAGUCCAGGAUUUCACCAGGGCCUUGAUUAUAAAUUUCUAGCAAUACUAUCAGGAUCGUUAUGCUAUGACAGGAGUUGGGUGAUCUUCUCCGGGAUGGAUUUCACCACAGCUAAAGCUCCACAGGAGCGGUGGGAAGAGCCAAACCACUGGUUUUCACCCCGACUCCCCUACCUGGGUUUAGAGCCAAGAGCCAACUUUAGACCCACUUGCAAAAAUGUGGUUUUUUUCUGCUUGAUGGUGCAACGACAAGAUGUCACCUGCCAACCUGAAACACUUGAUACAUUCCAUCAUCGUUUCAAAAAUACCUACUUUGGUUCGGUUUGUUUUGUUGUGUUUUCUUUUUUAAAUUGGGAUUAAUCUUUGGGUUGAAAGGAGUAGGUGCCAGUCAGCUACAAAC